AUGCAACCAGGGACAACCGUGUCGUCCUAUCCGACGGGUUUCAUCGAUAACCCCGGAAAUUCUUUGUCUCCGGCUGGACCGGCGACCAUAGUUCAAUUUUUACCACCUACAAAUGGCUCCUCACUUAUGCAUUUCCUAAUUUCCGCGCUCCUUCCUUUAAUCACCCUUGCUGUGCACGUUGCUGCUACCAAUCCCGAACAAGGCUCCAUACUGCUCAACCACCUUCCACGUCCUGGAGAUGCACAUCUCCAUGGCCCUCCCCCUUCCUAUGAAGAGGCCAUUCAAUUUAACAAUAACAUUCCUGCCGCUCAUCUGCAUAAUCCUGCCUCGACAUCCUUUGAUGAACACAAAGUACAGCCUGCAGCAGCGAUGCCAAAUGUGUCUCCCCGUUGCUUAGAGGCAGCAAGACAACAGGCCUACGCAGAAGCGAUACAAGUGGUUGGGAAUAGGGACACAUCACAGUUGCGUGUGGUUAUCACUUCUGGGAAUGCUCCAAUGGACCCACGGACCAGAUGUAAAGCAGUAGUGGUUUGGUGUGCUGUGAUCGCAGGAAUCGCCGGAAUCACCGUUUAUGCAAUCUGGGCAUCAGCGGAGUGUCAUCCUACUGAAACUGCCCCACACUGUACAGCUUGGCGUCGUCGGGAUAAAAUUGAUAGUACUCCUAAUAUUAACCAGUGCAAGCCUCUGGAUGUAGAUGCUUGUUGCAAUCCAUCCCCAACAGGUUCACUCUCCAAACCUAGUACCUUGAGAGGACAUGGAAAGAGGGAUUUUACAAGAAUGUCCUAUUGCCGUCGUCUUGAGCUGGAAUGAUUAGGAAAGAUGAAGAAAAUCGGAGGCGGUGUGGCAAUAUUUAGUUGAAUUCCUUUAUGUAUUGAUUCCUCAGCGCACAACGACGGCGAUGAUCCUCGACAUUCAUAAGUAUCUACAUUAGAAGAUGACCUUCAUGAAGCAGUGUAUGAGUUGGUUGUGUCUGGCAGUUCAAACCAAAUCCUCUCUGCGGUUCUCGGAAUGAAGAAUGGUCUUUUCUAUUGCCUUUAUGCAAAUCAGCUCAGGUUCCAUAAUCACCCUCACUUGAUUGAUAUAUUCUGGCAACCAUUCGCAAAGGGCAUGAGGAGAAUAAUACAUGCGAUUGCAGGCCACUGCACCACCGUGCAUGGCAAAAACUCGGCCGUUUC